UCGCACAUGGGCAAAUCUUUGACAGCUGAAGUGCGGAAAGCUGCUUCAUGACCCCUCUGUUUCUUUCCCAUUUCCUUGCCAAUAUCUACUUCGUUGCUCUGUAUUUCUUCUGCUCUCAGCAGGACACAGCUCCAUCCCUUUUUUUGUUUUCAUGCAGGAAUUAAGAACACCCAACAUGUGGCUUUCGAUGCACUAAAACCAAUCUCCACACUUGGUCAUCCCUCCCUAUCUGCUUCUUCGUAAAAUCCCAACCUUGAAAACCUCGAGAAAACAGAGGAAAACGAGAGUGAAAUCGAAGCAGGGUAAAAGAGGGGACGAGAGAAAUGGAGAGUGGGAACGCGAACCACGAAGUGGAGACGACUUCGGGCAUUACCAUCAAAGGCAUCCUCAGCUUGCUGAUGGAGAACAUCGACGCGGACAGCGGCAAGAGGGUCGUGUCGCUGGGGAUGGGCGACCCCUCUGCUUCCACGUGCUUCCGCACCACCCGUGUGGCCGAGGACGCUGUGGUGGACGCUCUUCAGUCGCAGAAGUUCAAUGGCUAUUCGCCCACCGUUGGUCUUCCCCAGACAAGAAGAGCGAUCGCCGAAUACUUGUCUCGUGAUCUCCCAUACAAGUUAUCGUCGGAUGACGUGUUUGUUACAUCCGGUUGCACGCAAGCGAUAGAUGUUGCAUUGGCAAUGCUUGCUAGACCAGGAGCAAACAUACUGCUUCCAAGGCCUGGCUUCCCGAUUUAUGAACUUUCUGCUGCUUUUAGAUACAUUGAAGUUCGGCAUUAUGAUCUCCUCCCCAACAAAGGCUGGGAGGUUGAUCUUGAUGCUGUACAAGCUUUAGCAGAUCACAACACGGUGGCAAUGGUAAUUAUCAACCCGGGAAAUCCUUGUGGGAAUGUGUACACUGAUCAACAUUUGAAGGAGAUCGCAGAAACUGCAGAGAAGCUGAAUGUCCUUGUGAUUGCUGAUGAAGUUUAUGGGCACCUUGCUUUUGGGGACACCCCAUUUGUGCCGAUGGGACGAUACGGGACGAUCGUUCCUGUUCUUACUCUUGGGUCUCUAUCCAAGAGAUGGAUUGUACCUGGGUGGAGACUCGGCUGGUUCGUGACGAGUGAUCCUUGUGGCAUGUUCAGGAACCCCAAGGUUGUUGAGCGCAUUAAGAAGUACUUUGACUUACUGGGAGGCCCGUCAACUUUCAUCCAGGCAGCGGUUCCUCAAAUCAUCGAGAGAACUGAUGAGGCUUUUUUCGAGAAAAACAACAACACACUGAGACAGACUGCGGAUAUUUGUUGCAGCCGGAUCAGCGAGAUUCCCUGCCUUACUUGUUCUGAUAAACCCAAGGGAUCUAUGGCUAUGAUGGUAAAGCUGAACCUUUCGCUACUGAAAGACAUCACCGACGAUAUCGACUUCUGCUUCAAGCUGGCCAAGGAGGAAUCAGUUAUCAUCCUUCCUGGACUUGCCGUGGGCUUGAAAGAUUGGGUGCGCAUCACUUUCGCGGCCGAUCCGUCAUCUCUCGAAGAAGGCCUUGGAAGGAUCAAGUCGUUCUGCCAGCGAUAUACUAAGCAAGUAUAAAAACAGUGAAGGACAAGACAGCAAGCAGAUCAGAAGAUCUAAAUACACCAAAACCGCGAGUUUAGGGAGAUGAAAGGGUUCUCGAUCUCCCUCAUGUCCAUAGCCGAAAUAUAUACGAUCAACUGUUCAAUGUGUAUGCGACUAUUUUCAUAUCAAAUGUAUACAUGCCGGCCUUAUCGGGCAUUAGAUCUAUUAAAAGGGGUAACGGACCUAUAUUUUAAUCCAUGUAUGAUGGGCUGAGUUAAUGUAACAGUUAAUUAUAUUCGGUAAAUGGGUCAUAAAUGAGUUUAAACAUAA